AGGAAGAACAAAUCAGUAGAUAGAGAAAUCACUAGGGUUUUGAUGUUUACUGUUUUUUUGUUUCUUAUCAGAUUCCGAUUGGAUUGGGCGAUCGAAGACAGCGCGCGCACAGCGAUCAAGAACUCAACCAUCAGAUGUUUGAAGGAAGAAAAAGUGUCUGUAUGAUGCAGCCGCAGGAUCAUUAAUAUUUAAUAUUUAAUCUCGACCAUUUGCAAUUUCACGGAAUUGGCACGGAGGUCCCUUUGAAUGCAAGCCGCGUUCCUAUUAAGCUUGCUCUGAGUUCCCACUUCCCACUUUUGAUCGAUCGUUUCUGUCUCGAUCUACCCUCGAAGUUGAAGGUGCGAACCAACGCACUGACCGGCAACCCUGCAGUCCAUCUCAAGAAUCGAAAGCGGAGGUGGGAAAAAGCUAGCAGAGUUCUGGAUUCAUGGAGGAAUUGACCACUUUUGCCGCUGUUUUAUUCUAGUUGUGAAGGUUGCCGAGGUGGGAUUGCGAUUUGCGAGCUGAGGGAGAAGGAAAGGUCGCAUCUUUUUCUCCGCUGCGUCAUCCUUCAGGUCAGCAGGUUUUCAGGUUGUUUUUCGGCCAGCGAAAUCUCGCACAAGUUGCGAUUUUGCCCUAGAUGAUGACAAGAUCUUGGACGGAUGUGUUUCCGCGGAAGAAGGCGGCGGCGGCGGCGCCCGGGCAGUCGUACGCGCCGAAUUGGUUCGUCGGCGAGCACAGCGUCGGCGGAGGCGGGAGCUGGACGGCCGAGGAGAACAAGCGGUUCGAGGAUGCCCUAGCCAGGUUCGACGCGGACGUCCCCGACCGAUGGGAAAAGGUAGCGGCUUUGAUCCCCGGGAAGACGGUGGGCGAUGUGAUGAGCCAUUACCGGGAAUUAGUCAACGACGUGAGCGACAUCGAGGCCGGCCGGAUCCCAUGCCCUGUUUACUACGGCGCGCCGUCGUUUACCCUGGAAUGGGACGGCAGCUACGACGCCGAUGAGUGGAAGAAUCCCUACUGCGCCUCCGCCAAGCGAUCCUGCGUCAGGGGAUCAGAUCACGAGAAGAAGAAAGGAGUUCCUUGGACUGAAGAGGAGCACAAGUUGUUUUUGCUUGGUCUCAAGAAGUAUGGCAAAGGCGAUUGGAGAAACAUCUCUCGAAAUUUCGUGCUCACCAGAACUCCUACUCAGGUGGCUAGCCAUGCCCAAAAGUACUUCAUCAGGCUCAAUGCCGGCAGCAAAGACAAGAGGAGGUCUAGCAUACACGACAUUACUACGGUCGAUUUGCCGGACAACUACAUGCCUCCCUCUCCGUCUCCUCAGCCAUCUAGCAUCACCACUCAAUCGAAUUUGGCAACGACACCUACGUUGUCGGGCCAGAUCUCUGCCAUUGUCGAUUCGGAUCAGCUCGGUGAGGUAGCUAGUGGGUCGAAUUCGUCAUCACAAUCUGUGCAGAAUAAGUUCCCGGUAGCUCCAUAUAUCAUGAAGCUGCAACCUCAAAGUUCACAGCUCAUGAAUGAAAUUCUGUUGAGUAGAACACCCACAUAAGUCCAACUGCUGCUUCUACUUUCCACAAAUGAAGAUUAUAGUUCUUAUAUCUGCCUUUAACGUACUCCUUUGCUGCUAGAUGAGCUUGGAAAAGGUCAAUGUCUAUCAUAAAAUCAUGUUGGAGAUUAAAAGUAUGUGAUUCUAUUUGAUAUUUCAUAGAAAAUCUUCCAAUUCUUGUUAGAGAAAUCGUUGAAAGGAUGUGUUUAUUAUGUCUCAAGGUCCUCUCGUUGAGCUUGUUUAUUGCUUCUUGCUUUUGUAUUUUUGAGUCUUUUAAGCUGUGAUUACAUCCAACGAGAGAUGGGCAAAGAAGAAAGGUGAGAAGGCCAACUAUAAGUGACGGUCAGAUCCAGCUCACUCUUUGCUGGAAGUGAAUAUGAGCUACUGUUGAUUCUGUCAGUGGUAAAGUGCAAAAGGUCAAUUGUUUGA